GACUGAUCGCGCUUCAAGUUGCACGCGCGUACGAACGCGAAUACUUCUCCUCUCCGUUUUCCGCUUUGACUUUACGUUGAAUUGACGUUCGUGUCGACCGUCGGACGAUGUCCUUUCUGUACAGGCAGGAGAUAAGAUCGCUGCGGGACGGCAUACCGAACACCUUCGUAAUCGGCGUGAUUAUAAGUAGCUCGAACGUGAGAACGUUCGACGCCACUCAAACCAGGUUUAGCCAUGGCGAACGUAGCGUGUACACAUUCACUUUGCGCGACUCCGAGGAAGACUUUAUUAACGUCACCGUAUGGGGCAGCUCGGAAUACAUAAAGAAAUUGUCGUCCACGUUUAACAUCGGAUCCGUAGUGGAAGUGAUAAGCGCGAAGAUCGUGAAACGCAAUCCCAACGACAGGAACGAGCAAUUCGUGCCGGCGACCUCCAGCCCUUUCGCCCUGAUCGUCAACGAGGGCGCGGCCCUCAUACAGAAUCACGACGCGCCAACUUGCGAACAGUACAAGAAUCUGCUGACGCGACCUGUGAAAAGCGUGACCUCCGCGAAGAGCCUGAAACUGAUCCUGGACAAUAUAGACGCUCUGUGCGAUCGAUUCGUCGACCUUCUGGUCGUCGUUACGUUUAUCGCCGACGCGCGUCAUAUAAUGACACGGGACGGACGAGCCUUAACGUGUCGCAGUUUCGAAGUCGCGGAUGGAUCGACGGAUAGCACCGUGUCGUUGAUGCUGUGGGACAAGGAUUGGAUCGAGAGGUCCGCCUUUUGGGAACCGAAGAAAACGACGCUAUUCUUAAUUAACGCUCGCAUCGCAUACGAUGAGUAUAAAAAGAAAACGGCGUUAAGCAUCUCAAGGCGAACAUUGAUCACGGAGUGUCGGAAUAUACCCCAAGCUGCAGAAAUGACGAAAGCGAUACAGCAUUACGAUCCUGACUCGAUGUGCACCGAUCCGUUCGCCAUACCAAAUCCGGACACUAUCACGACUGUAAUGACGGUGCAGCAAAUCACGGAGAAAUUACAGAAGAAAGCGACUACGGAGGACGAAAGAUUGCAAUUCGCAACGAUCGUGAGAGCUUCGAUUACCGAAAUGAAUCUAGACGGUCCACUUAAGGACAUGAUAAUUACAAAAUGUGCCCUAUGUAAAAAGAUUGUCGAAAACGUACAAGAUUCGUGUAUGAACUUAAAUUGUCCGUCGGGCAACGGGAUGCGGACACCGUUAAACACCAUAAAGUUUAACGUAAAAAUAAAUUUGAAAGACGAUACCGGGUAUCUUAUCGGAUGUCGCUUGACCGGUGACAUCGCGGAGCGAGUUUUGGGCUGCACAGUUGACGAAUUUCAGGCAAUGACGGUAGAGAAACGCAGCGAAUUAAAGUGGCUGUAUCUAUUAGAAAAAUGCGACGUUCGCCUGCACAUUCUCGGACCGACGUCUAUCUUCCAGCGCGCCUUGUAUAACGUGUUAUCUAUUGAACGGGAUAAGGAAAUGGAGCAAGCUCUGGACCAAAUUGCAUCUGUGCCUGAGUAUUAAGAAUAUUAAUAUCUCGAAUUUGAUAUAAUUUGACAUUCUAAAUUGUCACAGCAAUUAUUAUAAUAAUUACCAGAAGCAAUUAAACCUUUCAUUUUACGGGCGUAAAAAUAUCGUAAAAAUAUACAAAAUAUACGUUCAUUAUUCAUUAGUUUAAUAUUUAUUUGGAAAUCUUUCAAGUUCAAUAUUUAUGUGAUUUAUAAAUUUUUAAUUUAAUA